CAUCGUGGACAGCGGGAUGUCUAGGCUGGGUGUCUACACUAUCUACCCACCGCAAUAUCCAAACGGCUUGACCGUUUACUGCAGGGGGCAAUGGAUAGUGAUUCAGAAUCGUAAACGCGGGUCGGUCAAUUUCACCCGUAGCUGGGCCGAGUACCGAGACGGCUUCGGUGAUCUGACGGGGGAGUUCUGGCUGGGCAACGAGGUAGUCCGCCAGCUGACCUCGGAAGGCACUUGGAAACUACAGAUUAUAGUGGAAGAAGCAAAAGGCUUAAAGAGAAUAACCUGGACGCAGUUCAAGAUCACAGGUGACAACUACACACUACAUGUGGAUCCAUUGCAACCAGGGGAUCUUCAUUACUCAAAAGGAAAGUCUCUCACUGACGUUUCCUUAGGCCAGCCGUUCUCAACCUACGAUCGCAACAAUGACGCCGAUGGCAACGCCAAUUGUGCCGCUCAGCUGAAGGGAGGCUGGUGGUUCAAGACUUGUACUGGAGGAGUCGGGAAUGUGGAUCUCGUGCCGACUAACCUGAAUGGGGAGUAUUCCUAUCCCGUCAACUACACGGGGCAAGAUUACCGCGGUAUGAGGUGGGCUGGUGCGCUUGAGUUUGGUGACCAAAUACUAUCUUGCCGCAUCGCGAUUUGUACUUGUACGGUUUAAUUUUCAUGGUCUAACCCUGUAUUUCGGUUUUGGUAAGAUUAAAAAGAGCGUUGGUUUGGUAAGAAGUGAACUGGUUCGAUAUUACUGAAAACUGGGUGUUACAUGGUAGUGUCUUUGAAAAAGAUUUACUGAUGAAGGAAAAACCAAAGAAUCGAAUUUUAGAAUCCAGAGUUUGAGUCGUCUUUAGUACUGCACGUAUUACAUGUAAUAAUAAAAUCGAGACAUACGUCUUUUGCGUAAGUUUUGCGGAUUACUAAUAGCACAAACAAACGAUGCUUGCUUUUUGUCUCUCUUUUUCAUUGAAAAAGUUAUUGUUGCAAAUUUGUGUUAUGCCAUACGUUUAUCAACUUCUACGUUUAUCAACUACCCUUAAAAUUCCUUCAGGAAAUUUGUGAUAGAAAUCUAGCGACGUGCUAUUGCAAGGUGUGUGCUGGUGGUUUUUAGAUAAUAGUGAAUGCUGUAUCAGCAUCCAUACUCCAACCGGUCUUAAACAUGGUGUUUCAUAGCGGUCAAGCACAUAUUUAUCCCCGUUCAUAAAUACCUUUUCGG